AGGGGACUGGUAUGCGCUUAGCAAGACAAAAGACGCGCAGGGCGUGUAGGGUUACAGGAGCGCAGAGGGACUCCUCCUCUCCCCACCCCUCCACUACCGCAGCGCCUCCGCCACUCGCCGCCCGCCUUCAGUUCGGCACCGAGUCAUACGUGAUAUCCUCGCCCUACCGCUGACUAUUUGCGAUUUUUUUUUUUUUUUUCGUGUGCGUUUUUCGGCGCUUUUCGCCCCAGACAACCUGCACCCAGGACUCAUGCAUGCGCGAUACGUUACUCUGAGCAGGACACACCGCUGAGACACUGAUCAAGACCGCCCGCUUCAGAGAGCGCGAGGGGCUCAUCCCGUCACCUGUCUUCAUAUUGCAUGACCAAUACAAAGAUGACAUGGCGUCCACAGUACCGAAGUUCAAAGUUCCGUCACGUCUUUGGAAAAGCUGCCACCAAGGAGAACUGCUACGAUGGUGUACCAAUAACACGCAGUGUCCAUGACAACCACUUCUGCUCUGUCAAUCCACGCUUCAUCGCCGUCAUCACUGAAUGUGCCGGGGGCGGAGCCUUCAUCGUCCUCUCCAUCAAUCAUACAGGAAAGGUCGAUCCACACCAUCCAAAGGUAUCAGGACACCGCGGGAACGUCCUGGACAUCAAGUGGAAUCCCUUUAAUGAUUUCUGCAUAGCGUCCUGUUCAGAGGAUGCUACGGUGAAAAUCUGGGACAUCCCUAAGCAUGGUGUGCUGAAGAACAUCACGGUUCCAUGGAAAGAGCUACAGGGUCACUCUCGCAGAGUGGGUCUAAUAGAGUGGCACCCCACAGCCAGUAAUGUACUCUUCAGUACAGGAUACGACCAUCAGGUGAUGGUGUGGAAUCUGAACACUCCAGAGCAGGUGGUGAAGAAUCCUGUAAGGAUGAUAAGUGUUCACCCCGAGGUUGUUCUCUCCAUGUCCUUCAACACAGACGGCAGCCGCCUCGCAACCUCCUGUAAAGACAAGAAGAUUCGUGUCAUCGACCCGCGCACAGGGACCCUUCUACAGGAAACCAGCUGUAAGUCGCACAGGGCCAGUAAGGUUCUGUUCCUAGGGAACCUGAAGAUGUUGCUGUCCACAGGAAGUUCUUGCUGGAACCAUCGGCAGGUUGCACUCUGGGACCAGGAGGACCUUUCUCAGCCUUCAUUCCAAGAAGAUCUGGAUGGUUCCUCUGGUGUGUUGUUUCCCUUCUAUGACCCUGACACACACAUGCUUUAUAUAGCUGGAAAAGGUGAUGGGAAUAUCAGAUACUAUGAGGUGAGCGCAGAGAAACCCUACGUCCACUAUCUGACUGAGUAUCGAUCUAUCCUUCCACAGAAAGGAGUGGGCGUCAUGCCAAAGCGUGGUCUGGAUGUGUGUUCCUGUGAGGUGUUCAGGUUCUAUAGACUGGUGACAAUCAAGAGUCUCAUUGAACCUCUGUCCAUGAUUGUACCACGCAGGUCUGAGACAUAUCAGGAGGACAUCUAUCCCAUGACAGCCGGGAAGGAGCCAGCUCUGACUGCCGAGGAGUGGCUGAGUGGAGUGGACAAAGGCCCCAUGCUGAUGUCGCUCAGGCCAGGCAGUAAGGUGGAGACGUACAUAGACCACCUGGAGUCCAGAAAAUCACUGAGUGCUUCCCUGGACACGCGGCGUUCCCAGAGCCGCCCUGGUCUGCUCCAGCUCGCCUACAUCCAGGAGCAGCUCGGCUUCGCCCAGAAGGAGGAGCACAAGGGAGCAGGUGUCUCCCCUUCACUGCUCCCCUCCUCCAGAGAGAGGAGUCAGGACAGGAGCUGUGCCCUUUCCACAGCUGCCAACAAUCACGAGGACCUCACACAGAACUCGCCUCCCAAAACUGAGAAUGAGCUACGGCAGGUCUUCUAUAAACAGCAGGAGGAGAUUCGGAGGCUCCGUGAACUUCUGAACCAAAGGGACGUUCGGAUAAAACAGCUGGAGCUCGAGAUCAAAAACAUUCCGUUUGCUAGUUAAAAUGCUGUAUGACGCUAAAGGGAGCCUUUAUUAGCGGAGCAGGGAGGGCGUGAGAACAGAAGACUCUUUGUGUCGUUGUGUUUACAGCAAGAGGGACUGAAGCCUCAGUCAGGCUCUCGCGCGCUUCUCCUCGAGCUACCACUAGGUCUGAACGCUGUUUAAGCACACUCGCGUCUGUGCGGAAACGACACUGGCCCACACGCUUUCAAUUGUUUAAUUUACUUUUUGCUUUUCUUCCUUUUUUUAAGAUGGCGAAAAAAAAAUAAUAACAGUAUAAAAAAAAUUGUCUGUAAUCUAAGCAAACUACUCUGGUUAACGCAGAAAGAUGCAGUAAGUUUGAGACUCUGUGUUAACACACUGAUCUCUGCUUGUGCACUGUGUGGACUGAAACAGGGAACCCAGCAACAGCCAUCCUGUGUCUCCUGAAGUUUCACUUUGUGCUCUUUCCCUGAUUGGCUGGCUCUUCAAUGACAACAUGCGUUUCUCCUGCCACCGUCCGUACAAGAGCAGCCAACGUGUUCUCCCAAGGCUGGUGCUUAAAAUGGGGAAAAUGAGUGGCCUAAGUUCCCGUGUUUGCCUGCUGAUGCUGCAUCUGUUGCCCAGCACCGGUCUCCGUGGAAACCACACCCUCAUUCUCUCUUCUCCUCACUGGGUCCAGCUAGAUUCGCCAAGCUUGUUCCUUGGACAGGGUUGUGUUAUCAAUCGAUCUCAAACAGCAAAAUGGGAGUUCUUCAAAUUCCCGUCACUUCUGGGAUAGGGUUUCCAGAUGGCAUUUUCAGGUCAGUUAUAUUUUUCCAAAGCAUAUGAGAAUGUGGAUCAAUUUGAGAGGGUAAAUAAAGGGUUAAAGUGAUUUCUUUCCCUUAGAAUUAAAAUGAUUGUAAGACUAUGGUGGUAUUGGGUUGGCAGACCCAGGCUCUGGUUGAGAGGACCAUGCUACUGAGAUUGCAGAGUACACAUUGUAGCACAACUGUUUUUAGUACAAAUGCAUCUGUUUUUAGUAGAAAUGCACAUCUGUUUAAUAGAAACCACAACAUCCCCUGUCCUCAGUCAACACCGUUCCCUUACGAAAGCCUGACCUAAAUUAACAUUCAAUGCUGUUAGUUAAUUCAGUCCUAACAAUGUUUUCCAUUCCAAAUACAAUUUUGAUACUAAAAGGUAGAAGUUGGUUUCUGGUGUACUAAAAAAAAACCAACGAUGGAAGUUGUUCACUGACUUUAAAUGUAUCUAACUCAGAUGUGCACAUUCAUGAGGUGUCUGAUGCUCUCAGCUUAUCUGUGCGCAGCACAUGUGUGGGUGAGCGGAGCUCCGUCAGCGCUGGUCUGCACCUGCACUGAUCACAUGCAAAACUGCACAUAAAUAAUUUUGUUGAUUCGUCACCCACAAACCCAUAGUUUCACAUGUGGGGGGAGCCAUACAUUGCUUAAAAAAUGUUUUUGUUCAGAUAUUGGUUUGUAAAUGCAUGCAGUAUCAAUGGAAAUGUCACUGGUUCUUAGUUUUGGAUAAAGUUACUUUCUAAAACUUUACUAUGUUUAAAACUGCACUAUAAAGUUGCACACUGUGGUGCCUCUACUGCUGCAGCUUCAGAGGCACUGGGGGAAAUUACAGCAUGUUUGUAUAUCCUCUCUCCCCACUUAUCAGGCCUUUGAUAUCGAUACCAGAAUUUAUUAUGGGUUGGAUUAAUAUAUAGAUCAUGACCUACAAUUCAGAUGUCAUUUUUGCACUGACCCACUAUCCUUUGUGCUAUUUUAAAGGUGUGUAUUUAUAUAUACAUAUAAAUGAAUGUAUACAUAUAAAUGAAUAUAUACAUUUAUAUAUAUUAUAGAUUAUAUAAUAUAUGGUUAUAUAAUGCAGUUAGCAUUCACUAAUUACCAGUUACCCAUUUAAAUUUGUAUUUCAGGGUUUAACAGUAUAAAUGAGUCUCUAAUACAAGGGAUAUUGGUCUUCUACCUGUCCAUGUCUUCAUUACAGUAUGAACAUAAUUCAGGCCGUACGGAGGAUGAAAUGCUAUGUGUGAGAUUGUGAGGGUCUGUCAGAACCAUUCAGUUCCAGUCACUGGUCCAGAAUGAAUCAGGGUGUGUUCGGUUCUAUUGGGUCUCACACACGCAUACACACGCAGGGUGUAUCUAACUGCCUCAGCAGUCUUCUCUCUAAAGGUUUUGUGUUUGCUCGUAUAGUCUAGUGACAACCAUGGUGAGUGACUGGUAGAUCAAAAUUCCGUAGAUCUUGCCAGCAAGUGAGAGUUGCAAACUCGUAUUUGAGGUUGCUUCUUGAAUCUACCAUUGCUACCCACAAUUCCUGAGCUGAGAGCAUGAUUGAAAAUCACUUACUUUCAGAGUGAAACAGAUAUUAUCAGAUCACACUGUUUUCCUUACAAAUCUCAAAUAUGAGAAAAAAGCCCAAAUCAGGAGACUGGAUGUGUGCGCUCAUUCUGAAGCAUCUGACGCCUCACCCUGAGUGCUCCAGGCCAUGUGAGCUGAUGAGAGCAGAUCAUACCAUCUCCCUGGACCUUCUCUCCUGUUCCUUCUGCUCCAGGUGCUGGAGAACACUGACUUAUCUCAUCACUGUCAUCUCUCAAAAAUGACCCUUGUUUUGGAAAUCCUACACCCGUCAUCUCUGUGUAUCUUUCCAAAUGCAGUGUAUUCACAAAUAAAAUGAGCAUUGUACAGUCA